CGGCGGAAAAUUACAGAAGAAGAGAGAGUGACAGUGGCGCCCUCCCGGUUGUUGUUGCUGCUUGACUUUUCUUUCUGCGAAUAAAAAAAAUAAAUUGUCCGGGCGACGAAAAAACGGGAAAAGAAGUGAAUUUUGGCAGUGCAAAUGGCCGAUCUGACGCUGGGGCACGACGAGGAGGCGGAUAUUAAUGAGGAGCUACAAUUGCAGCAGCUAGAUGACUUCGACACGCGCAGCGAGGCCUCCGACUCAUCGAGCGACUCCAAGAGAAUGAGUUCCAUCAGUACGGAGUCAAGUGUGAGCCCCACGGUGCGGAAUCGCACGCAAAAAGUGGCAAAGGGCCCUGCGAAGAAGUCCACAGAUGAGGAUGAGGCACAACGCAAACGGGGCCCCACAAUACAGACAAAAGUACUCGCACCGAAGCGCAAUAGCGGCAGUAGCAUGAAGAGCCAACCAAAGUCCUACGACUACAUGACAAAGCUCAAUUAUUUGUUCCGGGAGGCGCGGUACUUUGUGAUAAAGUCCAACAAUGCUGAGAAUGUUACGCUGUCCAAGGCAAAGAGUGUGUGGGCAACACUUCCACAGAAUGAGGCGAACCUCAAUCAAGCAUUCCGGGAAUGCCGGAAUGUCUUGCUAAUCUUCUCCGUCAAGGAGAGCGGCAAAUUUGCCGGGUUCGCCCGGAUGGACACGGAGGCACGUCACGAUGGGCCAACAGUGAGCUGGGUGCUGCCACAUGGAUUGUCAGCAAAAGCUCUUGGGGGUGUCUUCAAGAUUGACUGGAUCUGCCGCAAGGAGCUCUCAUUCACAUGCACGGGGCACUUGUUUAAUCCCUGGAAUGAGGGGAAGCCCGUGAAAAUUGGGCGCGAUGGGCAGGAGAUUGAGCCUAAAGUGGGUGCAGAGUUGUGUCGCCUCUUUCCGGCUGACGAUCAGAUUGAGCUCACGCCGAUCCUGCGAAAAUCCAAGGAGACUUCCAAUCGGCUCCGUGAGAAGGGUAUUCGCCCCAAGGUUGUCUACCGUGGGCCACCAAGUCGCCCCACAGUGUCACUGCGUGGCCGCCCACCGCCAGUGCUUCGUGGAAUAGCACGCAAGAAGCUCUAUUUGACGAGUCGCAGCAAGCUAACCAACUCCGUGGGGCCCUACAAGCGUCCCGCAUCUCCGUACAGUCGUGUUGACCGGCUGCUGCCGCCACCGCUGUGGGAACGCUACCCAACGAGCACGGCAGCUGCUGAGGCUUACGUGGAGAAGUACAUGCGCCAGAUGCAGCAUCAGCUGCCCCCAAUGCCCUAUGCACCACCCCCAGGAUUCACAUCGCUUCUCCCCUACGACACGAUCCCUCCGCCGCCGCCACCGCGCUACUACGACGGCGUUCCGGUGCCCGAGUAUGCACGACAUUCCUACGAGAGUAGUCGCUACGAGCGCGAGGACUUCCUCAGGGGCAGCACAUCCGCUGCUGACUACCAUCGGCAGCACCGGGGGCGUGAACGGGAACGCGACCGGGGCGAGUAUCGGGAUCGGAGUCACCAUCGCAGCUACAGGGAUCGCCGAUGAUUGACACCACCACCACAGUGGCGGGCUGAGCAGCUCACAAGUAUCCGGGAUGCCACCGGAGCAAUAACAAUAACGCGGCGACACCGGGACAUACCGCGAUGGCCACGUCCCCCGUCGCCUUCGUAUUGUUCUUCUCAUCAUCUUUCUAAACAAAAAACAAAAAAACAAGCGAUAACGCGAGCAGAAUUUUAUUAAAAUAAACGUAUAAAAAACACGAGAAAAUCUCAUGGGCAGGAAGAGAGGAAUAUGGCCAGUGCGAGAUGUUCAUCUUACUCCCCAUUUAAUAUCAAUGUCUAAAAAAAUGAGUAUUUCUAUCGAUUGGAUGAGAUAAGCUUUGAUUUCCUACAUAAAAAAUUCAUUUUAGAUCCAUUAAAAAUGAAAUGAAAAUAUA